AUCUCUCUCAAAUCAAGAAGCAUUAGAUUGAUAAAAUCGAUCGAUCAGUCAAUCUUAUCUGUCAAUCAAUCAAAUCACCACACAACAGGUAUCAUCAUGUCGUCCUCAUCUUCUGCUUUUACACCGGACCACCUCUCCCCCUCCGAUCAGCUCUGUUACGUCCAUUGCAACUUUUGCGACACUGUACUCGCGGUCAGCGUUCCUUACAGUAGCUUGUUGAAGACCGUCACCGUCCGAUGCGGCCACUGCACCAACCUCCUCUCCGUCAACAUGCCCAGUCUCCUCCUUCCGACUCCCAAUCAACUUCACCCCCCACAUUCUUUCUUUACUCCUCAGAAUCUUCUGGAGGAGAUCCGGAGUGCACCUCCGAAUCUGCUGAUGAAUCAGCCAAACCAGCUUAAUCAUGAGUCCUUCAUACCAGUUCGCGGUGGAGUCAUCGAAGAGAUCCCCAAACCGCCUGCGGUAAACAGACCUCCGGAGAAGAGGCAGAGAGUCCCUUCUGCUUACAAUCGCUUCAUCAAGGAAGAAAUUCAACGCAUCAAAGCAGGGAAUCCCGACAUAAGCCACAGGGAGGCCUUCAGCGCUGCUGCCAAGAAUUGGGCCCACUUCCCUCACAUACAUUUCGGACUUAUGCCUGAUCAUCUUCAACAUCAGCCCGUGAAGAAGUCAAAUGUACGCCCUCAGGAUGCAGAGGACAUGGUGAUGAAGGAUGCUGGCUUCUUUCCUCCAGCAAAUAUGGGUGCACUCACCCCCUUCUAGCUAUAAAGAAAUAAUGACACUGCAUGCUAGGGUUUAUUCUUCAUUUCCUUAUCUUUUUCUUCCUCUCUUUCACCAUUAACUGUUGUGGCCAUCUCUGGCCAGCUAGCUAGGUCUCUCGCACGGAUGGUUUUAAGACGUUAUUAAUUCUCUCUCACUAUGACUACUCUUGAAACUUUAAUUUGGCUAAUUAAUUAAUGUUUAUUGAGUUUAUAUAUGCCUGUUACUGAUUGUAAAAGAGGAUCUUGAAGUCUAGAAUUGAUGUUUGUGAAGGCUAAAUUAAUUCGAUGCAACAUA